CUGUGCGUCAGUUCGGACUGGCCGACUGUCAGCUCGCUACAUUUAUGGCGCUCACCGGACAGGGCUGGGCGGUGGCGCCCGACUCGCUGGCAGCGCGCACAGUGGCAAUCACCGCACGCUUUCUCGGUCUGAUGGUGACGUUUCUGUACACGGCCAACCUGAUCUCCUCAUUGACUGUGAGGGACCACCCCAAGCCCCUCACGUGCCUGGACGACUUCGCUCGUAGAACCGACUGGAAGUUCUCCACCUGGAAAGAAGCGCCGGCGUUCGAUGUGUGGAAGAAGAGCGACAAUCCGAGCGAGCGGCACCUGUACCAGAUGCGAGAGGCCGGCGACCAGUUCCUGGACAUCGACGGCAGCGAGGAGUCGCACCGGCAGUGUCUGCGACCGCGCGUGCUCUGCUACUACGACCUGCGCCACUACUUUAUCGCCACCGGAGCGGACGCGUGCGUGCUGCAGCCUCUGGAGCAACAGCGCCCCUCGGUCACCAACAACUACAUCGUGCUGCGGAAACGUCUCGGAACGCUCCGUCAGAGGGCCAACGCCGCGUGAGUGGCCGGGAGCGGAGGUGGUGAACGUCUGUGAGUGUCUGUGAGUGUCUGAGAGUGUCUGAGAGUGUCUGAGAGUGACCGU